AUGGCAGCUGUAUCUGAGUCUUUCCCUGGAUCAAGCAAUCGCUAUUCAGAAGAUGCCAGCAUUUUGUUGGCAUUCUUAUCUGUCCUUGCGGUCUCCGAGAGAGUUCCAUUGGAUCUUCUCUCCCGUGGAGCUGCACCUCGGAGACGCUGGAAUACACGUGGCGAAAUAGAAGCGGUAGAUGCUGCUGCUGCUGGUCUGAACCCAGAGUUGUAUAGCUUGCUCUCCGGCAGCUCAAGGUUGAGUGACGCCUUUCACGAGCUAGAACUGUUGUCAGCUCUUUCAAAGAACACGGACGAGACCUAUAACUUGGACGAAAUCGUUGUGAGUCGUAUCCGUGAGAGGUUGUCACCAGAGAGCCUCUUAUUCUUUAGGUCCCAAGCCUUGAUUGUUGUAUAUCGAGCAAUUCCCUGGAAAUAUGUCGAGCCUGCAACCCCCAUUACGAAGCUAUUCCUACCGCAUCUCAGAUACACCCUACAAACAUUUCGUGAAGAUUCUAUGUACUUGCCUGUGGGCGUCAGAGCCGACCUUGUCCUUACGCUCCUGGAGGCAUCGAGAUUUCCCAACAUGGCGUGGAAACGUUUCAUGGUGGAGCAAGCAGAACUUGCCGCGCACGGCCUGGAAGACCACUACAUUCACUAUUUAAUCGCGCAAUCACGAUGUCUUCUGGAUCGGAUUUCUGGAACUACGGACCAGACUAGGAGCUGCCUUGACGAUAUCGGCCAGGACACGACAUCAAUGACCAUAGAUAACAGGAUGCAUUCCGUAGCCGGUCAAGCAUCCAUUCAGCGUUCUUUGGACUGCAUCCAGACUGAAGACUUGUCUACUGCCAAGAGAGUAUUGGAAGACUGGAGCCCCCUUCACAGGAUCCCCUCAUCCCUUGAACGCGUCGUCGAGUUUCGGAAGAACAUCUUGCUUGGAAGGAUUCUACGGUACCAAGGUGCAUUCAGAGAAUCGCUGACGUAUCUUGAGAGGGCUCAGACAACAGCAGCGCAGGAAAACGAUCUCACCUUUUAUGAAGACUUUCGUGAUCUUACCUGCGAUCUUGCAGAUACGCUGCGAGAGCUUGAUGAGCCUAUGUCUGGUGAAGGUCACCUUCGCACAGAAAUCACCCGUCGAGACCGCAGUGGUAUCUCGACGGGCAAAUCUCUAUUGCAACUAUCUCUUGCCGAAGUCUUAUUUGCCCAAGCACGCUAUAGAGAAGCUGAAAACAUCUGCUUGGAAGUUGAGUCUCGUCCCGGCUUGUUGAAACUCGAAAAGUUACGUUUACACAUCACUAUGGCAAAGAUACGCCACGUUGACUUCAACUAUGAUGGCGCAUUUCUUUAUUGGAAAGAAGCAAUGAAAGACAUUGCAAAGUUUCAAAUGACUGGCGGGCGUGCAACUCGAACGAUCCUCUUAUCUAUUUGCGAUACCCUCCGCAGUCGAGGCCAAGCGAAGCUGAUGAAGGAUUCCAUGAACCAGGUGGCAUUACUUGAUGCUGGUGCUAAACCGGAAGGUGCUGAGUGCUGGAUCGCGGGACUGCGCCAUUGGUCACAGUAUUUGGAUUCCAGAACUUCUCGCAGUCACAUGUAG